AUGGAGCAUUACAGCUCUGAAUUAGUGGAUACGAGUCUAAGCGGAACGGAAAGUAAUGAUGAGGUUCCUCCAAUGUUAUCCAUACCAAAUCAAUUAGAGGGUGCCUACUUGGGGCAAGAUGUCAUGUUAGAAUGCUAUUGUGAAGCUUAUCCCGCAUCUAUUAACUAUUGGACAACUGAAGCCGGUGAUAUGAUUAUAUCUGAUGCUGCUCGCGCUGGUGACAAAUACGAAACCACUUCAAUUACCAAUGGUUACACCAAGCAUAUGAAAUUAAAAAUACGCAAUGUGGGACCCAAAGAUUUCGGUACUUACCGAUGCGUUGCUAAAAAUUCAUUAGGCGAAACCGAUGGUAACAUUAAACUUGAUGAACUGCCCGCACCGAAAAGCGCCAUUUCAAUCGAAGAGGAAGUAGUAAAUCGAAGUUUAGAUGGCAAACGUCGCAAUAAUAAAAUCGACUCGAAUGCUUUACCUGAUUAUGGGGUUGAAGAGUGGCGUGACGGCGCUGUGCGUAAUCCGCCCGGCGCUUAUCACAAUUCAGCAGGAGCACUGGCGCAACAUAAUCUACUCGGCAAUGUAAUUCAUGGGAUUAAAAUGCAAUCAUUUGGGAUUUUCAGGCGUUUAUCGAGUUAUUUAGUUGAAGCGGCUAUAACAAUGAAAACAGUAUUACCAACAGCACCAACAGGAGCAGCUCCAGUUCCAGCUACAACAUCAACAACAACAACAACAACAACAAUAAGAAAAACAAUCGCGAUUACAAUGUCAACCAAAAUGAUGGCAUCAACAACCAAAACAACCGUAACAAUAAUAGCAAACACAACAAAACCAACAACAACAGCAACAACAAGAACAAUAACGAGGACAAUAGCAACAACAACAUUAAGAACUAUGUUUAUAAGAAUAACAAUAACAACAUGUUACAAAUUAUCAGCAAUAUUGUCGCUGUUGCCAGUGUAUGUACAAGCUACAAUAUGCAGAGCAACGUGA